UAGCACCUUUAUGGCAACAGAAGGCCUUAAGUUGGAGCAGCUCUGCUAAGUGUUCACUGUUUGAGAAGCGUCCUUGGAGAAACUUUGACAGUCUGACAGCAGCAGAAAGGGUCAUUAUGUUUUUUGGGGUCACCGCGAAUCAUAGCACUCAUAAAAACAACGAAAAAGCCAUAUACAAUUAAUAAGUAAACUGCCACUGUCCACUUACUUGGCAUGACUCUUAGCAUUACUUUGUAAUGGGGCUGCAGAGCUGCUUUUACGUGUAUGUAGUUUCUACUGCUAGCUUUAUGGCACCCGCGUCAUGCAUUUUAUCCAAAGCUACAGCAUCGCUUCUUUUUAUAAGUUUUGACCUCAGUAAUACUACGGGUAAAGUUGGAAUGCAAAUUCUAAGCUUGUCAUGUGGCUCUUGACAAAAGGAAUGUUUCAUUGUAUUUAGUAAAUCUGGAUCACCUUUACCCACUCUGACCCCAGAUUACAGGUCAAGAAUGGUACAAAUUUGGCCCGCAAGCAAAUGUGAUUUAAAUUGCGCAGGAUUACAGAGAUAAAUGUUAAGUGCCAGGUUUCCCGCGGUUCAUGAAUUUAAAAAUAAAGCCGCAAUCGAUAUUAAAAUUUCGUAAAUUGGAUUUCAUUGCUGUAAUUCGUGUCAAAUAUUAAAAUAACUCUUCACAUUUAUUAUUUUUUCAAUUGUUUACCUUAAUGCCUCUCGCUGGAACGUCACGGGAGAGCGGAACCAAUGAAAGCGAUGUUGUUGCGGGCGGGACUCUCAGAGCAGAUGCACAUCGUUGUUGUAGCGGUAGCAGUGAUUGUUUUUAUUCUGGGCCAGAUGGGAAAGUGUAAAUUCAACGAAAAUUGGCUGUUCAACCAAAAUUUUUCAACAUGGCUGCGACCGGUACCAGCGAAUAUGUACGUAGCACGUUGCAUUUUGUGCAAGAAAUUUUUCAAACUUGGAACGAUGGGAAUCAAGGCAGUGGAGUCACACAUGCGAAGCAUGAGACACAAAAGGGCAAAAUCAAGCUGCCAACAAACACAAAGUUUUUCCCAGUUCUGUUCCACUCUCGUCUCUCCAUCUCCGAUAUCAACAACAGAGACAGCAGCGCCACAUUUCCGGACAUUGUUCGGUGUCACGCCUACACUGAAAACAGAGGCUCACAAUUACUUUUCCAGAACCUACACAUCACGACCUUCCCUUAAUGAAGUCGUCAUCGUCAGCGCGGUGCGAACUCCAAUGGGCUCCUUCAGAGGCAGCCUGGCAGCAGUUCCAGCCACCAAACUGGGCUCCGUUGCUAUUAAAGGAGCCAUAGAGAAAGCAGGAAUUUCUCCUGAAGAGGUGAAGGAAGUUUACAUGGGCAAUGUGCUUCAGGCGGCAGAGGGCCAGGCUCCCACACGACAGGCCCUGCUGGGGGCAGGUUUGACAAUUGGGACUCCAGCAACAACCAUCAACAAAGUGUGUGCUUCUGGGAUGAAAUCCAUCAUGUUGGCGGCACAGAGUCUGAUGUGUGGACAUCAGGAUGUUAUGGUGGCAGGAGGCAUGGAGAGCAUGUCCAACGUGCCGUACGUGAUGGCCAGAGAGGCACCACCCUACGGAGGCGUGAGGAUGGAGGACCUCAUUGUCAAGGACGGCCUCACGGACGUCUACAACAAGUUUCACAUGGGCAACUGCGCCGAGAACACGGCGAAGCAGUGCAAGAUCAGCAGAGAGGAGCAGGACGCCUACGCCAUCAGCUCCUACAGCCGCAGCAAAGCGGCGCACGAGUCUGGCGUGCUGGCCAAGGAGAUCGUCUCGGUCAGCAUUCCACAGAGAGGGAAACCAGACGUGGUGGUGUCCGAGGACGAGGAGUGGAGGAGGGUGGACUUCAGCAAAGUGCCCAAACUGAAGGCAGUCUUCCAGAAAGAGAACGGCACGGUGACGGCGGCUAAUGCUAGCACGCUGAACGACGGAGCAGCCGCUCUCGUCCUGAUGACGGCUGACGCCGCAAAGAGACUCAACGUCACGCCGCUGGCCAGGAUCGUCUCUUUCGCUGAUGCAGCGGUGGCACCCAUUGACUUCCCCAUCGCUCCUGCGUACGCUGUACCAAAGGUUCUGGACGCAGCUGGACUGAAGAAGGAGGACAUCGCCAUGUGGGAGAUCAACGAGGCCUUCAGCGUGGUCGUGCUGGCCAACAUCAAAAUGCUCAACAUCGACCCGGCAAAAGUCAACGUCAACGGAGGAGCUGUUUCUUUGGGACACCCGAUUGGGAUGUCUGGGGCGAGGAUCGUGGGUCACAUGGUGCACAACCUGAAGUCGGGUCAGUACGGACUCGCAGGGAUCUGCAACGGAGGAGGCGGAGCGUCUUCCAUCCUCAUCCAGAAGUUGUAGGGAAAAGGGCUGAAGGAAGCACUCCGUUUUUUUCCUGCUUUUACCUCGUGUGGUAGCCGGUUGCUCCGAAUGUUUAGGACAUCAACAUGACUGUAAAGAGUCCAUUUGUUACAACUUUAGUUCCAGGGGCCUUAAUCAAACAAAACAUUACACUCGACCUUCAUUUCGUCAUGACUCCAACGUUCCAAACACUCCCUUGUUUGAUGGAAUGUCUUGUCAAAAUCACGGAUUAAUAUUUAAGCUGUGAAAGGAUGUGAUUAAAUAGUUUUUCAAA